UAUACCUCGCCACCUAAGAAUUAGGGUUUCAGAAUCUCAGAUAAAGCGCCCCAAAUCUUCUCAUUUGCUCCGUAGAAGGAACCCCCAGCAGAAGCACACAUACGCAUCCUCUUCCAGAGAUGGCGAAGUCGAAGAACCACACAGCUCACAACCAAUCUUACAAGGCUCACAAGAACGGCAUCAAGAAGCCCCGCAAGCACCGCCAUACCUCCACCAAAGGGAUGGAUCCAAAGUUCUUGAGGAACCAGAGGUACGCUAGAAAGCAUAACAAGAAGGGUGCUGAGUCGGCCACCGAGGAAGAGUAGAAGAGUGGACAGGCAAACUUUUUGUUUGAUAUCUAUGGUUUCGUUACUGUUUACUUUAAUGUUCAGUAGUAGAGUGUUUUGGUGCUACUGUAAUGGGUUUUGUUUCAAUUCCUAGUAGGGGAUAACACUUUGACAACACUUUCAAGCCUCUUUACCGAUGUUUGUUAAGGACACAUAAGUUCUGAAUUAUUUUUAUUCUCAUUAUCUAAUAUUUGUUUGGAGCCUAUGGUCUCUUGUGCUU